AUCAAUUUUAGAGCACAUUGCUCCAAAAAGUUGAAGAGAGAGAGAGAGAGUGAGAGAGAGAUGCAUACAAGUUACUAUCUGUUUAAUGUUUACUGCUUAAAUUUGUGUUGAUUUGUUUAUACUAAAUUGAUAUUGAUAAAUAAAAGUGGCCUUAAAAAAAAAGGUGAUGAUGAGUGGUUUUUGGAGUUUCUAAUUGGGGGAAGUGGGAGAGUUUGAGUGGCUUUUUGAAUUUGAGAAGGGGUGUUGGUGGUGGUUUUGUAUUUUUGAGUAAAAUCUACUCUGUCUUUCUCUAUCUCUCUCUCUCUCUCUCUGUGUAAUUGACAUUGCUUUUAAACAAAUGGAUAGAUCAUAAGAUUAUGUCUGUAAAUUCUUGUUGUUUUGACCAGCUUUGUGCGUGUGUCUGUGUGUUUGAUGAUGGAGUGAAAGGUAAGAAAAGUGAUGAAAUGAUUGUGCUUUCUGGAAGCAGUAGUUGGAGUUCUCAUUGGUUGGUCUGGUCUCUAUGGGUGCAAUUCAUAAAUAUUCAUCAUCAUCAUAAUCCUUUUUUUGAAUUUCAGAAGGUGGCAAUUGGAAACCAUGAGAAUUGGUCUAACUAUUUGAAACACACACACACACACUCACACAGUCAAGUCUCUUCCUUCUUCCCCCUCUACCUAAUAGGGCAUUAUUAUGACUCUCUUUUAAUUCAAACUUUUCCCUGAUUUUGUCUGUAAUUUCUUGUUUGUAUGGUUGGCAAAACUCAAAAAAAAGAAAAAAAAAGCCUUUGCUUCAAUCUCCCUCUCUCACACACACAAAAUUUUUAAUAUUUUUUAAAACCUGUUAUUUUCAGUGAUGCCUUUUUGUCUUGUAAUACAGUUCUUCACGAGGAAGUGUCAGUCAGACUAUUCAAUGAAAACAAAAUAACGAAAGAGAAAAAAUAUUAAAAAACCAAUCUUUAUCCCUCCAUUAUUUAAACAUUUGAGUUCUUUUAUAAAUCAAAACCUUUUCUUCCUUCACUCCUUUCCUUUUCUCACCUCUCUCCCACUCCUCCAUUUGUUUGUAACAUGCAACAGCACUGAAGAUUCCAAGUGUUCUUCACACAAUCCUGCUUCCCUCUAAAAAAUUUGGCUUCAAAGUAAUGUUUUUCAAGUUGUACCAAUUCACUUGACAGGCACCCCUUUUUGAUGUCUUUGUAGAUUUAGAUACAGUGCUUCAUUGAGUGAAGUACACAAAAAAACAGGGGAGAAGAUGGGAAAAGCUUCAAGAUGGUUUAAGGGCUUGUUUGGGUCCUCCAAGAAGGAUAAGGAAAAUGUAGAGACUUCUUCAAACUGCAGUGACAACAACCACAAGAAGAUGGAGAAGAAAAGGUGGAGUUUUGCAAAAUCUGCUAAGGAUGCUCCUCCUCCGGGAAAGAUUCCUGUUGUGAAUGAUUCAACUUGGUUAAGGUCCUACAUAUCUGAGACUGAGAAAGAUCAAAACAAACACGCCAUUGCCGUGGCAGCUGCCACCGCCGCUGCUGCCGAUGCCGCCGUAGCUGCAGCUCAGGCCGCCGUGGCGGUUGUGAGGCUAACAAGCCAGGGCAGAGGAACCAUGUUUACUGGUGGUGGAAAGGAGAAAUGGGCUGCCAUUAAGAUUCAGAACGUAUUCAGAGGUUACUUGGCUAGAAAAGCACUUAAAGCCCUUAAAGGAUUGGUAAAGCUUCAAGCACUUGUCAGAGGUUACCUUGUUAGGAAGAGAGCUGCAGCAACUCUUCAUAGUAUGCAAGCUUUAAUUAGAGCUCAGACUGCUGUGAGAUCCCAAAGGGCUCGCCGAUCAAUCAAUAGUAAUGAAUUCAGAUUUCCACCCGAAUUACGAGCUAGAAGAUCCAUUGAGAAAUUUGAUGAAUGCAGGAGUGAGUAUCAUAGCAAAAGAUUAUCAGCUUCUUAUGAUGCAUCACUGAGUGGGUAUGAUGAGAGCCCGAAAAUCGUUGAAAUCGACACAAUCAACAAGCAUAGAUCAAGAUCGCGCCGGAUUAACACAAGUUGCAUGUCAGAUUCAGGGGAUGAUCACCAUCAUUAUUAUCAGGGGAUGUCAUCUCCAUUUCCCUGUCCUGUUCCAGCUCGCCUAUCCAUCCCCGAUUGCCACCAUUGCCCGGAUUUCGACUGGAAUUUCGUCGUUGGCGAUGAUUAUAAGUUUGCAACUGCUCAGAGCACACCUAGAUUUGCUAAUUCCGGCUGUUAUUCUCACCACAAUCCGCCUGUAACGCCGUCCAAGAGCGUCUGCGGUGACGCUUACUUCAGGCCGUACUCAAACUAUCCUAAUUACAUGGCUAAUACAUUGUCAUCCAGGGCAAAGUUGAGAUCACACAGUGCUCCAAAGCAGAGACCAGAACCAGUUGGUCCAAAAAAGAGGCUUUCCCUUAAUGAAAUUAUGGCUUCAAGGACUAGCUUUAGUGGGGUUAGAAUGCAGAGGUCAUGUACCCAAGUUCAAGAAGAUUUGGCUUUCUGAAACUGAAAAGUGCUCUUUUUUUUCUUUUUUUUUUAGAUUUUUACUUUUUUUAUUUUUCUUUGAAUGUAGAUGAAGAAGGUGGUUAUGAUCAGGCUAGCUAGUUUUUUUAGUUUUAUGUGUUACAGAGUAAAAUGGAGUUUGUGCAUAGAGAAGAAGACUCGAGCUAACAUAACAUAACUUCUCUAUAUAUGCUUUGAGGUUUUCCUUAUUAGUAGAGCACCGAAGAACAGCAGAGUUGUGUAAAUUAUUCCAGUGAUACUAGGGUAUGAAGAUGACUUGAUGAUGAUAAUGAUGCUUUUAAAAGAAUGAAAUUGGAUUAAUUAGUGUUUGUC